GGCCUUAAUGCCGCUAUGUUCACAAUGCUAGGCCGUUCUUAUUAUACAUCAGUGUGCUGGGCAGGGUUUGGGAAUUAACGGGCGUACUGUUGCAGUUAUUUUAAUCGCUUCGAUCAAAACAGUGAUUUAUCGACUACACUUCAGGCCUCGGCCUCAAGGUGGGGCAGAACAAAGUAGGUGGUGGGGCAGGAAGGCCUAGCCCCCCCAUCCUGACAAGAGGCCAGCCCCAGCUUCUGCUCCAGUAGCCCAUAGCCUCUUGAGGAGCAAGCAGGGACCAUGAGCACAGGCAAACCCAGUGGAAUCAAGCCUCCCAGCAAGAUAAGCAGGCCAACUGGAUUACCGACACGCACCUCCCCUUCCUCUACUGCUCCAAAGCCUGUUCCUCCUGAGAAGUCUCCCACCCAGGAUGGAGAAAUGGACUACCAGGUGGGGGAGAAGGUGUGGGUCAACGGCAACAAGCCAGGAUAUGUCCACUUCCUGGGGGGAACGCAGUUUGCCCCAGGCCAGUGGGCUGGCAUCGUCCUGGAUGAGGCCAUCGGAAAGAAUGACGGGUCGGUGGCGGGGGUCCAGUACUUCCAGUGCGAGGAUGGCAGAGGAAUAUUCACACGCCCCUCCAAGCUGACCAAGACGGCUAUGCCAGAGAUGCCAGAGGCUAACUGUGGGCAGUCUAACCCUGGCGAGACAGGGGCAAACUCCCCUACCACUGCUGCUGCUGGGGCUGCUAAUACCACUGGUAACAGCACCAAGACACCGCUGAGCAGAACCAUGACGGGCAGUGGGUCAGUGUCCAACCUCUCUGAGACAGACUCAGCCAAGAAGACCAGAAGAGAAUUGAGACUGGGAGACCGCGUGCUGGUGGGGGGUAAUAAGUCGGGGGCGGUGAGGUUCAUGGGGGAGACAGAGUUUGCCAAGGGGGAGUGGUGUGGACUGGAGCUGGACGAACCACUUGGGAAGAAUGAUGGAGCCGUGGCUGGAUCCAGGUAUUUCCAGUGUCUGCCGCGGUACGGCCUGUUUGCGCCGGUCCACAAGGUGAGUCGUAUCGGCUUCCCCAGCACCCUGGCUAAAGCCAAGGACUCCUCGCGGAGACGCUCCGCCAUGAAGAGGAGUCCCAGCGCCUCCUCCUUGAGCUCCCUGAGCUCUGUCACCUCCUCUGUCAGUGGGAAACCCAGCCGCACUGGCCUGCUGACCGAGACCUCGUCGCGGUAUGCUCGUAAGAUCUCUGGCACUACAGCGCUACAGGAAGCCCUGAAGGAGAAGCAGCAGCACAUCGAGCAGCUAUUGGCCGAGAGGGACAUGGAACGCGGGGAGGUCGCCAAGGCAACCAGCCAUGCUGGGGAGGUGCAGCAGGAACUGUCGCUGCUCACGAAGGUACAGGGGCAGUAUGCUAUGGAGAUGGAGGCUAAGCUAGAUCAACUGCGUGAACUGGUGGAGACAGCAGACAGAGACAAGGUGGAGCUGCUGAACCAACUGGAGGAAGAGAAGAGGAAAGUGGAAGACCUGCAGUUCACUGUGGAGGAAGCUUGCAUCACUAAAGGUGACCUAGAGACGCAGACCAAACUGGAGCAUGCCCACAUUAAGGAGCUUGAGCAGAGCCUUCUGUUUGAAAAGACCAAAGCUGACAAACUGCAGAGGGACUUAGAGGACACUAGGGUGGCCACAGUGUCUGAGCGGUCUAGGAUCAUGGAGCUGGAGAGAGAGGUAGUGGAGCUGCAGUUGAGACUACAGUCCUCCCAGCAGACAGAGGGCGCUGUGUCGCUGUCACCAGAGGAGCUCAGCGACCUCAAGGCCCGGUCCCAGUCCCAGGAGAAGAAGAUCUGCGAAAUUAGUGUGGAGCUGGACAACAGGCAGGAACAGCUUCGCUCUGUGGAGGAGGACAAAAUCUCCCUGGAACAGCAGCUAACCAGCCUGAGACAGAAACUGGACGCUGCAGAGACAGACAACAAGACGAUGGCACAAACCAUGCAUGAGCUGGAGAAGAGAGUGGAGCAGGCGGGAAAAGAGAGGGAGGCACAGAGAGAGGAGAACCAACGCAAAGAGAAAGAGCUUCAGGAUAGACUGACGCAGACUGCAGAGUCAUCAGAGAGGACCACCCACUCCGUGGAGCAGCUGACCAAUGAGAAGACAGCGCUGGAGGCUCAGGUGAGGAAAAGGGGGCAGGGCUCAGGUCAAAAGUCAGCUUGUCAUGUCGCCGAUGCAAAGCAGGCUUUAAUGUGGUCAUACGUGUGUGUGUGUGUGUGUGUGUGUGUGUGUGUAUAGCCCAAGGGUCUUGUA